AAUCUUCAUAAUCCCACUCCUCUAUAAUGUCCAUAAGUUUGCAUGUGGUUCAGCCAGGCCCAACAACACUGUUUUCAAUCUUCUUAGCAAUCCUCCUUCUACCGGUAUCAGGAUUUCAUUCUAGUGAACCAAUGCAAAUUCAGAGUAUGGCCAGCUUCAAUUUCUACAGCUGGAAACACAAGUCUUUUUAAUCACUUCCAUUUAGACACGGGCAACAGUUCCACAGUUUGGGCUCCUUCGACUUGGAAUGGUCACGUUUGGGGCCGAACACACUGCAUUAAUAAUUUAUCCACCGGAGGAAACUUCUCGUGCAUGACCGGUGAUUGCGGUACUGGGAAGCAGUCAUGCAUUGGAAUGCGAGGCGCGCCGCUAGCCACACUAGCAGAAUUCCAUUUAGGCAUCAAUGGUGUUGAUUUUUAUAACAUUUGUGUUACAGAAGGUUUCAAUAUCCCCAUAGCGGUGGCUCCUGUUGAUGUUUUUGGUGACAGACUGAAUUGCAGCAGUGCAGGUUGCCCUACAGACAUUAAUAAUAUGUGUCCAACAGAGUUUAAGGUGAUGGUAAAUGAGAGUGUUGUGGCAUGUCAGGGAGCAUGCUCUAGAGAAAAUUUGCAAAAAUUUUGUUGUUUGAAGAGUAACAAUUCAACUUUAAAGACUUGCGACCCAAGUGCUCAUUCUCUCAAUUUCAAGACAGCGUGUCCACAAGCCUAUAGCCACCCUUAUGAUAAUGGGACAACAUUUACUUGCUCAACUAAUUUUUACAAAAUCAUAUUUUGCCCAGCUUCCAGCACGGGUUCUUUUGAUCAAAGUGUGAGUGUAGGCUACUCUCUCACUGCUGGCAAUGGGACAAAUCGAUGGCUCUCUUCUUUAGAAGAUUUUGCAUUUGGGUUUUACAAACUUCCGAAUGAGCUUUUCUUACUAGCAAUAUGGUAUAACAAGAUACUAAAUGAUUCCAUCAUUUGGUAUGCAAAUGGAGACAACCCUGCUCCUAAGGGAUCAAGAUUGGUAUUAAAUGACUCUUAUGGGUUAAUGCUCACCAACCCUAAAGGUUUAGAGUUAUGGAGAUCACCAUAUUUUAAUUCAAGUAAAAUCUCAAUUGGUCAAAUGAAGGAUGAUGGAAAUUUUCAAUUACUAGACCAAAAUAGUGCUAUAUUAUGGAAUAGUUUCAGUGAUUCUACUGACACAUUAGUUCUUGGUCAAGAAUUGAAUUCAAAUAGGUGCCUAUAUUCUCGACAAGGAGAGUUCAACUUCUCACGUGGAUUGUUUGAACUUUGUUUGCAGAAAAAUGGACAUGGUUUACUCUUUAACCUAGUAAACUUUCCAACAAAUACAUACUACAAUACUCAAAAUGACGUUUACAACAAAAGUGGUGUCGUUGAUCCAUACAAUGAACCAUUAAAUGUUGGUGACAAAUUGAUAUUUGACAAGUUACGAUUCUCCUUAUCUAUUAUUAAUAUAUAAAAACAAAAGUAUCUGGAAAUUACACUAAAAGCCCUCUGAAAAAACUACUAAAACUUUUCUUAUUCCAUGGGUAGAAAAGACUUUUAACAAAAUAACUCAAUAUUAUUGAUUUGACAUUAAUUACGGGUGAUAUGUCACCCUCUUAAUUUUUGUUGGGAUUUUAUUUUUAUUUUUAUUUUCUAAAAUAUAUAUUACAAAACCCUAUUAGCUAUUAAAUGUUAAUGUUCCUAUUAAAUAUAAUGUCCAAUACAUAUACUUUUCCCAUGAUUUUGAUCA